GAGCACGGCUUUGUGGAGAAACCCAUACACAUCAUUCUUUCUGUCCUCCUUGAGCCUUCAUCUUCCUCCCACUGGCAGACAGAUUUAAUGAGCUGUGUUUCCCCUCUCAUGGCUUGUAUAUUUUUAUGAAGAGACUCAAAGCCAACAUGAGAGGCUGCCUAGGACGGAAAGGUGGCUCCACAGUGUGUGUAGACCUUGAAUUGAAUGAUCCUCCAGCACCCACCAGGGAACCCUAGCUGCUUGUCCAGCCUCCCUUGGGAACGUUUGCUUCCUCCAGUCAGGAUCAGGACUGCAUCAAUGGGAAAAAAAUGGAAACACUUCAGAAGGAUGCUAAAGGCAGAAACAAAGAUGGCUGUACCUCAGGGUCACGGCCACUGAGGAUCCUGCUGGUGGGCAAAUCUGGCUGCGGGAAAAGUGCCACAGGGAACAGCAUCCUCUGUAGACCAGCAUUCCAGUCCAGGCUUGGAGUCCAGUCAGUGACCAGAACCAGCCAGGCACAGAUGGGCAUAUGGAAGGGAAGGCACUUCCUAGUGGUGGACACGCCCCUCAUCUUUGAGUCAAAGGCCCAGAACCAAGACAUGGACAAGGACAUUGGAGACUGCUACCUGCUGUGUGCCCCAGGACCCCAUGUGCUGCUGCUGGUGACCCAGCUGGGAUGUUUCACAGCCCAGGACACCAUGGCCGUGAGGAGGGUGAAGGAGGUCUUUGGGGCAGGGGUCAUGAGGCACAUGGUUGUCCUCUUCACCUAUAAGGAAGACCUGGUAGAUGAGACCUUGGAUGAGUUUGUGACCCACACUGACAACCCCAGCCUGCGCAGCCUGGUCCAGGAGUGUGGGAGGAGGUACUGUGUCUUCAACAACAGGGCCUCUGGGGCCAAGCAGCAGGAGCAGCUGGCAGAGCUCAUGGCCCUGGUGCAGAGGGUGGAACAGGAAUGUGAAGGUGCCUUCCACAGCAAUGACCUCUUCCACCAUGCCCAGGAGCUCCUCAGAGAAGGCUGCAGAGAGCACCAGGAAGCCUACAAGUGCUACCUGGCCAAGGUGAGGCAGGAGGUGGAGAAGCAGAAGCGAGUUCUGGAAGAGCAGGAGCACAGCCUCCAAGUCCCAGACGGGAGAUUUGUGCUUUCUUGGUGUUGUUUAUAUUAAUCCCCACUACUGUUGUUCUGCUCAUAUUUUACAAUGUUUGAUGCUCUGCAUUUUAAAGAAGUUUCUAAAGUUUUCAUUGCUCUAAGCACCACCUUUCAGAAAACCCCUGUCCUGUGUUGGGAUGACCCACAAACACUGAGAUUUCUGUCUAUGAAAAAGUGUGUGCUCAUGUUUUCAGUUGCUAGCAGGAUAUGUAAAUGCUUGUCACUACCUCACAUGUCCCCAAAAGGCAAGCUCCCCACUGGUUGGGUAAAUACUGCUUCACAGAGAGCUGGCUGAGCUGAGACAGAAACAACUGUCAGAAGGAUCCUAGGGCUUAGAAACAGAAGCAGAGAGAGGCAGACAGAGGCAGAAGGAAGGCAGAAGGGAGAAGCAAGGCAGGGAAGUAAGCAGUGAGAGCCCUGUGGAGCUACAAAGUAGAGGAGAGGUCAGGUCACUUAGAGUCUAGCCUAGAGACUGCCCCAGCACAAAGCCAACAGCUUUAAACUACAUAGCUGUCUCAGGACUUUAUUAUUAAACCUCAAGCAGGUUCCUGGAAAGACCAGAAAUACUCCUGGUCUGACACAUUGCUGUUCUACUUCCCCUUCAGAGUUCCGGUUUGGUCCAGGCUUCUAUCCUCAGCUCCAAGGAUGUCUGGUCUAAAUACUUAACCAUUCAUUUAUGAACUAUGGUUUCAGAAAAGAGCCUGCAGGCCCAUGCUAACCAAGGAGCAGUCAGUCAAAGUCUCUGGGGGAGGAACUACAGGUUUCUCCUUUCCCAGGGAGACCUGCAGAGACAGUCUCUCUCUUCUUGCUGUGAGUGUUGUCUGAUGAGAUGGAGGAAAUUGACCUCCACUACUACCCAGCCCUAAAGCUCACCCAGUUUUUGUAUUGUCGCAUAUGUUGGUCAAUAACUUUCCCCUCUGUGUAAGUGAUUUGAAUUGCUAGUCUCUUUACACAUUUGAAAGCAUUUGAAUAGUCUUCAUGUUGCAUUUAUUUCUGUCAAAAUUUAAAAAUAACAUUUAAAGUUUGUGUAAAUUUAUUGUACGUAGCAGUGGCUUUGGAAAGAAUUUUUCAUGCAAAUUCACGGUGUAUUUUUAGCAUGUUCCCCACAUUCUCUACCUCUCUUUUCCCUCUCAAGAGCCCCUCUGUUCUUCUAGACAGUUUCACUUCUCCUUCCACAUCAUGUCUAUUUUGUGCUUGACUUAAAACUUUAUUUUCUUGAAACCUUUCUCUUCCAACCCUCACCCCUAUGAAGGAGAGAGAAGGUUAGUGAGGAAAGGGUACACAGACCCCUUUAUUUCUUCGGGCUCUUUAAGGCCUCUGUCAACAGCAAAUGCAGCAAGCAGUUAGUUUCCUUGAGGCCACUUCAUUGAACUCUUUCCCCCUGUCUGUCUCCAGGCCACCACACCUACUGCCUUUGGUCUCUCUGAACUGCCACACAUCCCUCAGGGCGCUAUGAUUUAAAUCCCUCAGAGUCCUAGACCAUGCCAUUCUCUGUGCUCCAGGAGGCAGGCCAUUACCAGCUAGCCAAGACCACACCCCACCGGAGGCAAUUAUCAGCUGUGCACAAACUAAAGACCAAACUAAAAUCCCACACUUGGGAUUAAGACAAAACAGAUUUAUAUAACAUAACUGAGUUUUCAAAGUAAACAAAACUUCCAUUACAUAUAUACAAACAUGAUUUUUAUUUAUUUAUAUAAAAUCUAGAAUCCAGAAGAAAAAAGUUAUACAAUAUUUGUCAGAAGCUGACUUAAGUUUUUUAAUAUAAUUAACUCCAGAUUUAUCUAUUGUCUGAAAAUGACAUAAUUUCAUUGUGCUUCAUCCCUAAAUAAAUUCCUAUUGUGAUGUCCACAGGUGUUGUCACUGUGCAGGUCUUGUUUAGGUGAUCAUAUUGCAAUGAGAGGGAGAGAGAGAGAAGAGAGAGUCAGCCUCCUCCCAGGAUGAACUCUGCAAUAGGUUAUACAAUCCCACAUGGUCGUCC